AUGCGUGCUUCCCGUUCGGCAGCCUCGUUGAUCUUAGGAGGCAAUCACCCCCCAUUGGUUGGAACCAGCCAGUCGAAGGCAGCCUCGCUGAAUGGUCUCAAUAUUUUGACGAGACCAAGGUCCGCCGGCCGCCUAGUGACUCCACGAAAGGAGCUCAGUGCUGGCCUCAAGCCCCAGACACUGCUGAAGUUGGAGUUCAGAUUCGCCAAAGGAGGCCACGGUCUCCAGUGGCAGAAUCUGAUUGUCACCAAUGCCAAGGGCCAAGCGAAGGACCUUGGGGUUCAGAUCGGGUGGCGGAUCUACAUGAUCGAUGGUGUCAUCAUGAACACCGGAGCCGAGGUGUGGCAGAAGCUUCAGGAUGCGAUGUGGCAGUGGAGGACGGUGACCGUGGUCUUCUUCACUGACCACAGGGCGAUCCUCAUGGAGGAGAAGAUAAAAGAGGAAGAGGAGGAACGACGGGAGGUGGAGCGACUCGCAAAGCUGCCGUUCACCAGUACCUCCGAUGAGAAGCACCUGGAGCAACUCAAGCAGGAGUUCACUUUCCAGGGCUACAUCGACCGAUCAGAGGAUCGCGCCAUUACCUUGGAGCAGCUGCAGAGGGUAGUUGACUUUAGCAAGGUAGUUAACGAUGCCGCCGAGGACCAGUCAGUGGCAGGAUGGCUGAAUGCCAAAGGCCUCGGCAAAUACGUUGAGAAGGUUAUCGAGCUGACAGAUGCAGAAUCCCUGGAAGACUUCAAGCUGCUCGACGCAGCCAUGGUAGAGCAGAUCAUCGAAUCCGUCGGGAUGAAGUUGGUGACUGCACAGAAGUUUCGCCAGGCACUGUACGAGCUGUCUAGCAUUCCAGUGGCGCCUCGAGAAGGCGCGGAGGCGGACCAGGAGGUGCUGAGCCCAGCAGAGGAAGUGCCGGUGCAAGAGGUCAUCGCCAUUUGCAUUGAUCGGUCUGGUUCGAUGGGAACGCCCUUCAAAGAGGUCACUCUCAACGUCGUGAAAGGUGAGUGUCGAGAUUCCGUGGCAGAGCGCACGCGCAUGGAAGCUGUUAAGGCCAUGUUCUACGCUUUCCGCGAUAGGAUUGAAAGCAUGGGCCCUGGGCGCUGCCACCUCGGCCUUUUUCAGUUCGAUGACAAGGUUGAGCUCCUGUUGGAUGCAACACCCAGCUUGGACAAGUUCGAGUCCAUUGUCGACGACAUGAAGAAGCGCGGUCAGACGGCGAUAUAUUCAUCCAUCAUCGAAGCCACGCAGAUGUUGAAUCGAUACUUCGAAGCGGAUACAAGGAUUGACCUGCGUGUUCUUGUGCUGACAGAUGGGCAGAACAAUUCAGGCGCAUCUCCACAGGCUGCCCUUGAAGCCGUCAACUCCAUCGGUGCUGUGGUCGAUGCGAUCAUCGUGGGAAACACUCCCGAUGCCGAUUUGCGGCGUAUCGUCUCUGCCGCAGAAGGCGAGUGCUACCAGGUGAGCAAUCUUGGCGAGGGCUUCGAACUUCUGGAGUCCGAAGCAGUCGUCUCUUUGAAGGCACGCCGUGGCGGGGCAGAAAAGCCGGAGUUCAAGCAGCGGGAGGCCGUGGACCUGAGGAACAUCUCUCAGGCGAGCAUCACGCAGGGAAGUGCCGUGCCCAGAGUUCAGGAUGUGGCCCGAGACCAACAUGCGAAAAGCAGGGUGGUGGCCAUGGACUCGGCAGGCUCUUUCGGUGCCAUUUCCCACGGUUCCUUGGGCUCGGCGGCUGCAAGACGAGCCAUGGCCGAGCUGAGGCAAGUCGCAGAAGCAGCCACUGCUGGAAUCCAUAUUCUACCGACCGAAAGCCUCAACUUCUGGCGUGUCCUCAUCGAGGGGCCCUUUGGCUCGCCCUACGAGGGAGGUGUCUUCGCCCUGGAUGUUGUCAUCCCAGAUGACUAUCCCUUCUCCGCGCCCAAGAUUCACUUCCGCACGCCCAUCUACCACUGCAAUGUGAAUACAAACGGCGCAAUAUGCCUAGACAUCCUGAAGGAAGCGUGGAGUCCGUCGCUGUCGAUUCAAAAGUGUCUCUUCUCCAUCCGAGCUUUGAUGGUCGAUCCAAAUCCUGACGAUGCCCUGCGCCAGUGGAUCGCGGAGCUGACCUUAGCUCACGUUCGUUCAGGCGGAGCGGAUACUCGCUACUACGACAAUGCCCGUGAGAGCACUCGUGAGCAUGCCAGCUUGAGUGUCGAGGGCUGGUUGGCUAAGUGGGGCCUGGGUUUUACCAAGCACGAAUGCCUGCUGUCCAGCCGCAUGCAAGUGGUGCGAGCAGCUGAGCCUCGGCCUCGUGACGAAAUACUGACCACAUGUGCUGCAGACCGUGCCACAGACGUGAUGCAGCCAGGCCGCAAGGUUCACAUCGACCAUAUGAACUGGUGUCACUUGCAUGAGUGGCUCGUGCGUCCGGCAUGUGCGGAGAAGGACUGCUCGCUGGUAGAGCUCCUGACAAACCAGGAGCAGCCUCCCGCGUUCUACCUGGUGCACUACUGGGGAGAUCUCGUCCUGAAUGCUUUGGAGGCCAUCAAAGUGCACACACAAAGCAGAAACAUGGACCAGAACACGCCGUACUGGCUCGCGUGUUGCGCCAACCGCCCGCACUCGCUGCAGGACGCCUUCUGCCCGGAUUUGAAGGCCACCUGCUUUUACAAGGCAAUGAGUGCCGCAAAGUUCCAGGUGGUGCUUAUGGUGGAUCCAAAAACUGAUUCCAACGUGCUCGCCACGUGCCUGUCGAGACUAUGGUGCAUGUACGAGCUCUGCAUGUGCUUGGACCAUCCCGGCACGCAGCUUGAUGUAGUCCAGACCAAGCUGGAGAUCAAAUCGCCCGUCAAGAAAGCCUCGAUGGCCCCGGCCCAAGUGGAGGUAACACAGUUCCUGACACCGGAGGAGAAAGACGCAGAACUGCGCACAACGGGCUCCGGCUACAAGGCAAACUUGCUUCUGCAGACGGGCGCUAAGAAUGACCGCGAGAAGUCAUUCAGUUUGCAGAUCAUGGAGAUGGCGCUAGGCGUCUCUGUGGAGCGCGCUCAGAUCACCAAUCUUCAGGAGAAGCAGCAGAUAUUGAACAUCUUCGCACACCGUGACCUGAACGAGCAGGCUGCGGAAAAGCAGGGGCAUGAGGCAUACGACCACGUCUCCAAGCAACUGCGGGCGCUCUUCGCUUUGGCAUUUUGGCGCAGCCUGCUCAGCCGCGUCAUGGGUGGCAACGUGAGCGACAGCGACGUUCAUCGAGUUCAAGGGAAGCUGGCCGUGCUCUCAGCUUUCCUCUCACUGAUGUACCUGUAUCUGAACCUGCAGUACAGCUACCAGCUGAGAACUGUGUGGUUCGAGGUGAAAGCCUUGCACAGCGGCCUUCGGCAUAAGUCCCUGGAGCUUGACAUGGCCUUCAUGCAAGUUUGCUCGGAGAAGUUGAAGAUGCUCCGGGCAUGUUUGCCAUCCGGCCUGCAAGAGCUCAAGCUGGACCUGAGGGAAACGGAGCUCAACAACCAAGACAUCAUCACCUUCGCUGCCGGUCUUCCGAGAGAACUGGAGGACCUCUCCUUGAACCUGGCCGGCAACGAGGAUAUCAACGAUGAUGGCAUCGAGGUGUUUAUGAGCAAGCUUCCCAGCAAGAUGCGAAGCAUGGCUCUGGACCUGAAGAAGACCCAUGUCGGCAAAGAGUUGAUGCAAAGACAAGGGAACUACGAGAGCAUGAGAAAGCAUUUGGCAGAACAGGCUGCCAAAGCCAUUCGGUGCACAUUCGUCAACUUGUGUCCGUCGGCGACGAGGCACAUGGUUUACACCGUCACCAAGAAGAAUCUUCCGCCAAUGACCUCGGAUUCAUAG